UCAUCAAGACCCAAAGGCAAAUCCAACAAAAGACAACGAAAAUCAAAUGUAGUUGCAGUCAACACACUUCAAAAAGCAAAUCGCAAAUUUAUAGAAGUUCAUAUAAAUGGAUUAGCACUCAAUCUUCAAUUAGACACUGGAGCUGACGUCACAAUUCUAUCGAAGAAUAAUUGGGAGCAGUUGGGGAGCCCUAAGCUCUUUUUGGACAACAACUCAGAAUCGGUAAUUGAUGCUCAGGGUAGAAUAAUUACCAUGCUUGGUUCUUUCAUUGCAGAUGUUAAACUGGGUGAUAAAAUAGCAAAACUGUCUUGUCGUGUAGCUGACCUUCCAAAUUUAAAUCUUUUUGGAAUAAAUUGGAUAGACGAAUUUCGUCUAUGGGAUCAGCCAUUCAGUAACAUAUCCAAAAUAAUCCGUUUAACAUCAACAUCAACAAUUUCUGUAGACGUUCAUAUACAGAAGAUAAAAAAAGAAUUUGCAGACAUUUUCACUGAAGCCCUGGGUCAUUGCACUAAAUUCAGGCCAAAAUUAUACCUGAGAGAGAAUGCUACACCAAUAUAUCGAGCGAAACGACCAGUUCCGUAUGCAGCACUUCAGCAAGUCGAAGAAGAAUUGAACCGACUGGAACGAUUGGGUGUUAUAACGCCGAUAGAUUUUUCGGAGUGGGCAGCACCCAUAGUUGCCGUUCGUAAAGCCAAUGGCAAUGUAAGGAUAUGCCCCGACUACUCAACAGGCUUGAAUGAUGCUCUUCAGCCCCACCAACAUCCACUUCCACUUCCUGAAGAGAUUUUCGUAAAACAUGCUGAUGGCAAGUUUUUCACACACAUUGACUUGUCGGACGCAUACCUUCAAGUUGAAGUCGAAGAAGAAAGCAAGCAGUUCCUCACAAUCAACACCCACAGAGGCCUGUACAAGUUCAACAGACUUCCUCCUGGUGUCAAAGCAGCACCAGGAAGUUUCCAACAAGUCAUGGAUACAAUGCUUUGUCAGCUUGAAGGAGUCUCAGCGUUUAUUGAUGAUCUUCUGGUAUCCGGGAAAACUGUGGAAGAACACAUUCAGAGACUGAAGGCAGUUCUUACCAGACUACGUGAGUAUGGGUUUCAUAUAAAAAUAGAAAAAUGUUCAUUUUUCCAGACCUCACUCAAAUAUUUGGGUCAUGUUAUCACCUCUAACGGACUCAAACCGGACCCAGAUAAGUCUGCCGCCAUUGUCUCGAUGCCACCACCGCAAAAUUUGUCACAGUUGAGGUCUUUCUUGGGGGCCAUAAACUAUUAUGGCAAGUUUAUACCCGACAUCAGUAAAUUAAGUGGGCCGUUGCACGCGCUACUGAAAAAAGACAGCAAAUGGGUAUGGACAAAAGCAUGUCAAGAUGCUUUUACAAACUUCAAGAACAUCCUUUCGUCAGACCUGGGUUUAGCGCAUUACGAUCCACAACUACCAAUCAUCGUUGCAGCGGACGCAUCUAACAUGGGAAUAGGAGCAUGUAUUUCUCACCGUUUCGAAGAUGGCACCAUCAAACCUGUUUAUCAUGCAUCCCGGACACUCACAUCAACAGAACAGAACUACAGCCAGGUAGAAAAAGAAGGUCUCGCUCUUACAUUUGCAGUAAAGAAGUUUCACCGUAUGUUACUUGGACGUCACUUCACCCUUCAGACAGACCACAAACCACUUCUGUCAAUUUUUGGCUCAAAGAAGGGAGUUCCAGUGUAUACUGCCAACAGGUUGCAGCGGUGGGCGAUUACUUUGCUAAGGUAUGAUUUUUCGAUUCAAUUCAUUUCCACUAGUGACUUCGGAAACGCGGACAUUUUGUCACGGUUGAUAAGCCAACAUCCAAGGCCCAAUUCUGAAGAGUACGUCAUAGCUACUACCACUGUGGAAGAAGAAGCUUGCGCUGAUUUGAAACACACCAUUCAGCUACUACCACUUACAUUCGACAUGGUACAAAAAGCUACGUUGAACAAUUCAGAACUGAAUCGAAUAGCUAACUUCAUCAAAUCAAAGUGGCCAAACAAAAACAAUCUAUCUUCAACCGAGCUUCAGUACUUUAAUAGACGCGAAGCAUUGACACUCGUUAAUAACUGCAUCAUGUUUGGAGAUAGACUAGUUAUUCCCGAAUGUUACCGUACCAAAAUACUUCGCCAAGUACACAGAGGUCAUCCAGGUAUCCAAAACAUGAAGGCGAUAGCUAGAGGCUACAUUUACUGGCCACAGAUUGAUAAAGAUAUCGAAAAUUUUGUGAAGGAAUGCUCGAGUUGUCAAUCAGCAGCAAAGUCACCAAUAAAAACAACACUUCAGUCAUGGCCUCUCGCAACGGAGCCCUGGCAACGUAUUCAUAUUGAUUACGCAGGCCCAAUUCAGAAUGUAUAUUACUUGGUAGUAAUAGACGCUCAUUCCAAAUGGCCUGAAAUCAUAGAAACGUCAUCUACAACCUCUACAGCUACAAUCAACAUCUUGCGAGAAAUUUUUUCCAGACAUGGAUAUCCGAAAACCUUGGUAUCGGAUAAUGGAACUCAGUUUUGCAGCCACCAGUUCAAAAAUUUCUGUGAGUCAGCAGGUAUUCUUCACAUGAAAACUGCACCGUUUCAUCCCCAAUCGAACGGGCAAGCCGAAAGAUUUGUCGAUACGCUCAAACGAUCUCUUCAAAAACUUAAAGGGGAGGUAACCAUGCAGGAAGCUCUGCAACAGUUCUUAUUCAUGUACAGGACAACUCCAAACCGCAACACGCCGAACAAUACGUCACCAGCUGAAGCAAUGUAUAACAGAAAAAUCAGAACAUCGUUGGAUCUUCUAAUUCAACCAAAGUUGAACCAGCCAGUCAUCAAUGAAAAACAAAACCUGAGUUUCAAUCGACAGUAUGGAGCAAAACACAGAUCAUUCGCUGUAGGAGAUGCAGUUUUCGUCAAGCUGUAUCGUUCAAACAAAAGCAGGUGGAUUCCAGGUGAAAUACUGGAGAGAGUUGGAGCAGUCAACUAUAUUGUUCGCGUCAACACAAGAGAUAUAUUAGUGCGGUCUCACACAAAUCAAAUUAGACCGAGAUCAUCCACACAGACGUCAUCGACCCCAACAGCGCAAAUACCUCUUUCAACACUUUUGCAAGAUUUCAACAUGAAACCAAUUCCAAAACUCCAAAGUCCGGAGAUAGCCGCCAGCCAAAGUUCACAGCCUGUAGCAGUUGCCUCAGAGGAAUGUCCACAACAUAGCAGAAGACUUGAUUGGGAGCUUGGGGACAACAAUCCAAGUGGUUCGGAUCAGCGAGAAGCAAUCAUCACUCCACCGUCUAUCCAGAGACGAUCGAAUAGAAAGCGUAGAGCAACAAAGAGAUAUUCUCCUCCCUCACCACCAGCUAAAAGGGGAGGUGUUACCACCCUAAGGGUACGACAUCCCUGACCUCAGGAAUGACAGAAGACCUCACGUACCAACCCUGGACGCAGAGGGUCAUUGGGAAGGGACAGAUUCUGGCGGGAACAUAAAAUCACGGACAUUCCAUAAUUUUGCAUUCUCAUCCUAACAUACUAGUUCUUGCUUAGAUUCUUCUUUACCUCAUGUAUUAUAAUUAUUGAAUAAUUAUGUUAGUU